ACGAAAAUAGUCGACGGUUGUGGAGAAUUAGAACAAUUGAGUUUGCUUCUUCGGUGCGGCCAACUUCCUGUGCUUCCUCCCCUUUUCGUCACCUCCAUUUCUUCCUCCUGUUCUUUUUUUAAUUAAUUUUUUAUUUAACGUCACGAACACGUUCGUCUUCUCAACAAAAUGUUGAAUUUGGCGCACUUUCGCGCGAGGGGAUCUUCGCGGGCGUCUGGCUUGCUUUUACCGGUCGGGUAAGGUGGGAAGCGAGGAAAAAGGGACCCAAAACAACAACCCAACUCGACAUUGUCGGAGACAUUAUGACACAAUAUUUACACUCAAGCGUUGGUUGUCGCGCUCGAGUGCGCAUGCGCGGUGGCGGACGGCGUUAGCUCGCCGCCUUGGCAGCGACAGCGUCCUGCCCCGGCUGACCGCGAUGUAGGGCACCUGAGUGGGAGAAAACAACACGGGGAGGGCGGACAUGGCCCAAAAACAAAAAAAAGUGUCCUCAGCGCGGCGUGAAGACGGUUGUACUCGUUGACACGAUGGUGGGAAUAGGGCGGCCGUAAAGUGUCAAGCAUGUCCGGGACAGCCGCCGACGGCGCAGAGGGAGCAGUCUCCAAAGUGCAAGUGAAGAGGGAGAUCAAGACCAUCGUGGACAAUUUGGAGACCAUCCUGGGCGACCUCAAGGAUGUGGCCAAGGAGCUUAAAGAGGUCGUCCACGAUAUUGACACCCUGACGUGCGACUUGCAGCUGGAGGACGGCCUGACGGACAGCUCCAAGACGGACACGCUCAACUCCAGCUCCAGUUCCACAGCCACCACCACCACCACGGCGUCCAGCCUGGAGAAGAUGAAGUUCUUCGCUGACGACUGCCUCUUCAUACCGCCGGCCCCCGUCGCCCCGAUCCUCGCCCUCCCUCCCGCGGUUCUGAGCGUACACAAGAAGGCGCACCCGCCCUUGCCGCCGCCCAGAGUUACCUCGGGGAGAUCCGAGGAUUACAUCGGGAAGAAUCUGCCUCAGCCGACGUUAGUCCUAUCAGGGAAUAUAUCCAAGGCUAAUGGAUCCUUAUUGAAGAACGGUGUUGUUUUUUCUUUGAACCCAAACCGGGAUUUAUUCUCCCCGACGUCGUGUUUCAUUACUAAUGACAGCGGUGUCCCGGAGUCGGGCCUGGUUCCCACACUGCCCAGACCCAUGCCCCUUCUCCGCCACGAAAAGAACAAAUGCCCCAAGGCCCCUGGCAGGGAGCCCCGUGAGAGGGAACGUGUCCGUUUCAGCGAGAAGGUCCAGUAUCACGGCUACUGUCCGGACUGUGACCUCCAAUAUGACGUGGAUGACUCAGAGCUGCACUUGCAGGCUGAGCUGAACGACAUGCGACUCAGCCCUGUGCACUACUGCUCUCCUUCCUCCCCUCCUUGUCUUCCUCACCAACUAAUGCUGGAGAACGGCGGCCUCUCGGUCAGCCACAGUUUUCCACCCAAGGCGAGCACUCCUCCUCCCCCACCUUGCGUACCUCCCCACUCGGGUUCCCUCAAACCCCAGAAAACAAUCCUGCGCAAAUCGACCACAACCACGGUUUGACGACAAGCCCUGUGACCUGUCUAUCAUACACAAUAUUGAGUCGUUCAUAGUGUUUUCUAUUUAGUGAGCCCCUUCUGCUCCAGUCCAAUUUUUGGGAUUAUUCAAACAGCGAGGCUGGAAAAUGGGAGACAAGGGAGGCGAAAUCUCAGCGGAAUAGAGCAAGGGGCCCCACCAUGGAUUCCGAGACGUAUGCACACAGAUUUAGACCAAGCGGUCCCUCUGAGACCCUUCAGCUACACCUGCGAAGGAUGCUGGACAGGGGAGGCCAAGCAUCCAUCUUAUUUUUGACGGCUCUCCGCCAAUAGGAGAUAAAUACAGCCUUUGGAUUCUGAGCACCUGGAAAAAAAAGGAACCUCCAUGAAGGCACGGUGAAAUGAGGAUUGGGGAGGAGGGGUUUUUGUGCAGACAGAAGAUGUUGUAGUCCUCGCAAAGUCAUGACCUUUCAUUGCAGUUGGACAACUGGGACAGAAAAGAAUCCUAUUUAUUUUGAAUGAGGCAAGCUUAAUGAAUUAUUUGUAACCAAUCCCAUCACACAUAAAGUAUGUCAAAUGCCAAAUUUGCCCAUAAUCCUUAUCAGCUACAAGCCAGUCAUAAUAUAUGACUGCUAAUUAAACUAAUUCCACUUUGUCAAAGCAAGAAGCUGACACAAAAUGGCCGAGGUGGGUGAGCUCAGAUCACGUUGGCAUCCGAUUUCAUUCACAGAAUUCAGUUCACAGUCUUUAGUGAAGCUAACAUGCAUAGUUUAGGAAUGUGCGAGGAAAUGGAUGGGUGGAAACAUAACAACAAAACAAACAAGAUUUUUUUUAUUUUUUAUUUUGAAUGGUAAUAAAAACAGUUCAAAGGCCAAACCAGUUUAUGUUCAUUGUCAAGCCACCAGUAAUCGAUCUUCAGGCAUAAAUAUUUUUGUCAAAGCAAUUGUAACAAUUGUAACUUGGAUUGUAACAAUUGUAACUUGGAUUGUAACAUUGUGGCAUAAGAGCGCCAAGGUAGCUGAAGUCAUGCUUUAGAACAAGAAUGUUAUUGAUGUUUGAAUGACAGCAAAAUACAAAUCAGUUCAGGUUCCUUGUUACCUAUCCAACAGUAACAAUGGUAAACGGAUCUUUAAAUGAAUUUUGCAUGGUCAAGGAAAGAAACCUAUUGAUUUUGGUGCUUUUCCUUGUUGGCCUGGCUCAAUUCUUAACAAACAUUGUCCAAAACUUUAACGCUAAAGACAAAAGGAUUUUUUAUUACUGUAGCAAGAACAGUAUGUCGUAGUGGUGCGUGUGUUUGGGCACUUUUAUACUACUUCUAUUACUUUGUGGGGACUACACAGUAACAUCAGCCUCAUUUUCUUGGUUGGAAUAACGCUUAAAUGAUGGCUAAAAAAAAGGUGUCAGUGCAGGCAGCUGUGAGUUUAGUCAACAGGAGGACAUUUUAGAGCUGGAAAUUGCCUUUUAAAGAAGUAUAAGUGGAUGUGUGUGUUUGUUUUGAGAGGUGGGCCGAUUCUCUGCUGGACUGAAGCCAGGUAAAAACGAUGUCCUGUCGGUUUGCACCAUUUGUCGCAGACAAUGUGUUGAUCAUCCAUCUCACUAUUAUGUACACUGAUUUUUGAGCAGGUAUUAAUUUGCAUCAAAUGUUCCUUUCUAUACAAAUCUACAUGAGCAUGUUUGAUACACAGUAUCUCUAGAUUUCAGGCCUUUUUUUACAGAGACUUAACAUUUCAAUAGAGGAUAUUUUUGAUAUGGUGUCUGACGACUGAGAAGUGUCGAUAACGAAGCGCUAUCGCCGAGAGACACUUCACAGACGGAGCGGCAUUGGGCGAGCGAGCGCAAAGAAUAUCAAUUGUGUGAGGCGAGAAUGCAUUGUGCUGCGAGUGAAUGUGAGUGCUCAGCUUGUCCUUCCAUGCUGUCUUUUUCUAUGCAUUUUUUCCCCCUGAAAUCCUGUCUUUUACUCCUCACACUGCCAGCUUGAUAAGAGAUCGUACAUUCUCAUUUGUUUCAGUGCAGUGGAACCUCUAAUGUCCUCGAGGUCAUACAAUUUGGAAUUUGACCAACAACGUCAAGUUCCUGAUUUUUAGUAUAUUCAGUUGCAAGAUUCACAAGGUUUAUCCGAUCAGACGUGGUGUUCAGUGCUGAAGAUCGGAAGGUGCCUGGGGCUUGAUAUAAGCGGGGUAAUAAUUCUUGUAAUGUUCCUAGUUCCUAGUAAAGUACCUGCAGUUGAAAUGUGUCAGUAGUUGGGGGAAACAUGCCUCUUAAGUCACAAUCAUGAGAGAUUUCAACCUGUUGGGCCCUGGAGGAAGAAUUGCAUUGCACAUUGAUGCAUCACCAAACAAUUGUAUAGAGAAUAUAAAAAAUCUAAUCAAAUCGGAGGUCAACCAGAUUGUGUUCGACCUUAGAGGUUCCACUGUCUUGUAUGUCCAUCAAGUUUAGCCUAAAGAUCUGUUUCUCAGUUCAUCUAAGCAAUGGACAUUAAAUACAGAAUAAGGAUAUUAAUAUGAAUAGAUGAUCAAAAGUCAUUUUGAAUGAGUCAAGGUGAGACUGCUGUCAAUUUUACAAAAUAAAUGUUUCAUUUACCUAGGUUUUUUUCCACGACCGGGUUCAACAAGAUUCAAAGAAAACUGGGAUGGGAUGGGAUGGGAGAAGUCUGUUAUAUUUUUGCUGUACAUCUUUGCCAAUGGAUGGAAAAAGAGAUUAUGAGAAGUAAACACUUUGCACUUGAUGUUGUCUGUGUGUUCGUAAUGCCGCUUUGUUUGUCAUCAGCUGUGCUCGUCGCAUCCCUCGGAGUCAAAAACGGCGUUAAUGAAAGCGUCAGCCCGGGCAUCACGCUGAAUCAAAGCAGCUUUUUUUUCAAAGGAAAUGAAAAUGACA